AGGUCACAGUUUUUGUCUGCAUUGAACACACAUGGCUUUGUUACGAAAAAUUUUCCCACAGACGAUUCUUGGAGUCAUCAUUUCAGGAUGAUGCCUGUAUUACUCUGCUUCUCAGUAGAUCCCAAGGGAAAGCAUCACUGUUCUGGAACAGAUGGUCCUGAAUGCUUACACCUGGAAGAGAUAUUUGGGUCUUCUGGCUUCUCACUCAGGGAAAGAAUUUUCUGUACUUCAUGCCUUGACCAGUGGUUGAAUUAACUGAGAAACAACUGAGUUAUAAUAGCUGAGAACAUGUUUUCUUAGAAGUACUGGAUCAUCAUAAGCAUUAUAUAAAAUUAAUCAGGUGUUGCUGUUCCUUCUGAUUGUGACCCUCUGUGGGAUCCUGUAUAAGAAAGUUCAUAAGGGGACUGUGCUCAGGAAUGAAACAGGCACUGAUUUUGAUGUGUCCAGAUGAUGACUCUGAGCCUCCUGAGGAAAUGGAGGAGGAGAUUCCUGUCGUGAUUUGUGCCGCGGCAGGGAGAAUGGGUGCCACCAUGGCUGCCAUCAACAGCAUCUACAGCAACACUGACGCCAACAUUCUCUUCUAUGUCGUUGGACUCCGGAACACACUAUCUCGAAUCCGAAAAUGGAUCGAACAUUCUAAACUAAGAGAAAUAAACUUUAAAAUCGUGGAAUUCAACCCUAUCGUCCUCAAAGGGAAGAUUAGACCAGACUCAUCGAGGCCUGAAUUGCUCCAGCCUCUGAACUUUGUUCGAUUUUAUCUCCCCCUGCUUAUCCAUCAACAUGAGAAAGUCAUCUAUUUGGACGACGACGUCAUUGUACAAGGUGAUAUCCAAGAACUCUAUGACACCACCUUGGCCCUGGGCCACGCGGCAGCUUUCUCGGGGGACUGCGAUUUGCCUUCCGCUCAGGACAUGAACAGAUUUGUGGGGCUACAGAAUACAUACAUGGGCUACCUGGACUACAGGAAGAAGACGAUAAAAGACCUUGGCAUAAGCCCCAGCACUUGCUCGUUCAAUCCGGGUGUGAUUGUGGCCAACAUGACGGAAUGGAAGCACCAGCGCAUCACCAAACAACUGGAGAAGUGGAUGCAAAAAAAUGUGGAGGAAAAUCUGUACAGCAGCUCCCUGGGAGGCGGGGUGGCCACGUCCCCAAUGCUGAUUGUGUUUCAUGGGAAAUACUCUGCAAUCAACCCCCUGUGGCACAUACGGCACCUGGGCUGGAAUCCAGAUACCAGAUAUUCCGAGCACUUUCUGCAGGAAGCAAAAUUACUCCACUGGAAUGGAAGACACAAACCUUGGGACUUCCCUAGUGUUCACAAUGACUUAUGGGAGAGCUGGUUUGUUCCUGACCCUGCAGGGAUAUUUAAACUCAAUCACCGCAACAGCUGAUAUAAUCUGACAUUUUAAGAAUUUCCUACAUAAAAAUGUCGAGUUGUGCAUUUGUAGCCCUAUUUCAUUGUUCAUGAACAGCACCUUCGACACACACGAUCCACGACGUAAACCACAAAGACUAAUGUGUGCAAACGGUACCCCGGUCAUGCAGGCACGGACUCCUCAAGGACGGGGGCAGUUACGGAAAUCGGGAUGAUGUGCGUGAGCUGGCCUGCGGGAAGGAAAUGAACCCGUUUCUGUUUCAGCAACUUGCUUACACUCUAAACAACAACUUGUAUUCACAAUUUUUAAAAAUUUCUAAAUGUGUUUUUUCAUAUGUAGGUAUUUUUUUUAAACAGGUUGCCAGUCUUGUCUUUUGUACAACAAUGUAUUGCAUUUAAAACAUGAAUGUCUGAGAAAAUAAAAUAUUUGCAGAUUUUCUAAUGA